CAUGACCAGUUGACCUGUCGAUGCGGGAGUAGUCAGGGGGCGGACCCAUGGGCCUCGGCGGUGCCUUUCGGCCUUGUUUAUUACUUCCGCCUCGCCCUCGCUGACCCUCCAGGACUUGUUCUUUUUCAUCAUCCCUUUCUCUGCCUCCAUUCAACCACUUUCGUUGCAAAGUCUCUGUCUCUCGUUCCAGACACCUGGUUGUUCCAUCUUUCACGUCCCUCGUUGCACGUCGUAUUUCGGUCCUUCCGACCCAACUCAACCUCCAAUUGACCCCGCCACUAACCAGGGGCGGCCUUCUUUCAACGAACUUCUCCGCACACCGUCUCAAGAACCUCCCUCUCCCCUACUAUACAAUCCACUACAGUCAAAAUGACCAACACCGCAACCGUCACCCCUACCCCUGUCAAGGCCGUCCCAUCCACCGACGAUGCCCCUCUCUUCCCCGCCUCCCUUAUCUCCCCCGAAGUCGCCGCUAUCCUGCCCGAAAACUACAAAAUCCGCCCCGUCCGUCGCUCCGACUACCAGCGCGGAUAUCUCGACGUCCUCCGUGUCCUGACCACUGUCGGCGACAUCACCGAGGAGCAAUGGAACCAGCGCUACGACUGGAUCUCUUCCCGCAACGACGAGUACUACCUCCUUGUCGUCUGUGACGGUGAGGACCGCAUCGUGGGCACCGGUAGUUUGAUCGUCGAGCGCAAGUUCAUCCACUCUCUGGGCAUGGUCGGUCAUAUCGAGGAUAUUGCGGUCGAGAAGAACCAGCAGGGCAAGAAGCUGGGGUUGAGGAUUAUCCAGGCCCUGGAUUUCGUGGCCGCCAAGGUCGGAUGUUAUAAGAGUAUCCUCGAUUGCUCCGAGACCAACGAGGGCUUCUACCUCAAGUGUGGGUUCAAGCGUGCCGGUUUGGAAAUGGCGCACUACUAUUAGAUAUCUGGGGAUGUAAGAAGUAUUCUUUUUCGGGCUUUGUAUCAUGAUUUUCCUAAUCAAGAGUUGUUUCCCUUUGGCGUUUUCCUUAUAUACAUAGAUCUGGGUCGAGGUUAUAUUGUGGAUGGUAUUGAUUGAUUGUAUGAAGUAAUUAGACUUUUACAGAGUAUACAAGCUUGCAAGUAACUACUUGUUAUUUUGGGUG